CAGCUGUCAGUUGCGUCUGUUAUGAAACAGCUGUCAGUGUGGUGCCGCUCUGUUUACGUAAAAUUUAGUCCCGUAAAUUAAGUUUUCCCGUGCGAAAGAAUGUCGCUGCUUCCCGUGCUGAGCCGGUUGCUCCCGCUCGUGGGCCAAUCGGCGGCGAGAUCCGUCCACAGCGGGACCGGCCUGCUGUUCCGCAGCACACCGGUGCUGUGUGCCGAACCGCUCAAGAAGAAGAAAAAGCUCGACCCACAGAUCGUGAAGCAGCGGGAGGAGCGCAAGCGGAAGCGGCUGGAGAAGCAAAUUCGCCGGCUGGAGAAGAACGCCCGCCAGCUCAAACCGAUCGAGGAGCUCGAGGUGCCGAUGGAGCUGAUCGACGAGCAAAGCAAACGGAAGCGAAACGUGCCGAAACCGACGGCCGAGCUGCUCGAAAGCCGCGCCCUGCUCGAGAAGCAGUGGGCCAAGUACCGCAUGCAGGAGAAGCUGGCCGACUACCAGCUGUUCGAUCGGAUCGUGGCGGCCCAGGCGAAGGCGCUGGGCGAGCUGCAGCUCGAGUCGGACGAGCUGUACCAGCGGGCGAUACAGCCCGACCCGGCCCUGCUACCGUUCGUCGCGCAGGGUCCCGUCUCUACCCCGCCGAUCAAAGACUACGAGCAACCGGACGGCGAGUACAUCGACGUGUCGCGGAAGUGGGAAUAGUGUGGUCUGGGGUUUGGGGUUUUCGGGAGUGUUGGGCGUCUAGCUACGAAACUAUCGCGGCGAUUAUUAUUAUACCUUACCACUAGUGUGCGAACUUUCUAUUAGGGGCCGGCGAGGGUGAGCGUUCGUUUGCAUCUCGCAAUAAACGAGCAAACAAAUGUGCGUCUAUUACCAAA